GAGGGGGGGGGGGAACAAGCAAAAAUAUAAAUGGAGUCUUGUUUUGGAGAAGUGCUCUUGAACCUCUUCUGAUCAUGAGUAUUAGUUUUGAUAUGAAAUCAAGAUAAAUAAUUUUCCCCCGUAUUUCAAUUAUAUUUAUCGACUAAGAAUGCUUCAGAAUGCAGGGGGAAAAUGCCGAAGAAAAAGUACCAUCUCCACCUUCUUCAAAACUCAGUAGUCCUACCACAGAAGCUCUUGAAACAGCCAUUCUGAAAGUAUUUCUGAAUUCUGGGAGUUGUGUCAUUGUAAAAUUUGCAGUCGAUACAUUAGUAAAGACUGUUGUUCAAGCUGUAAGCAGUCAAAUUGCUUGUGGAACUCGUGUUUUUGAAAGUCUUUAUGGCAUUCGUUUGGCUCAUACUUUAUCAGAUGAUGUGUAUUGGAUACAUGGAGAGAGUGUUGUUUUACAAGUUGUAAAAAAGUACCAAGCACUUUUAUCCAUAGAUGAAUGGAGGUAUGAGCUGAGAGUGCGAUAUUUACCUAGUAAUUUGAGAGAGCUGUAUGAAAAAGAUAAAGUAACAUUUCAUUAUUUCUAUGAGCAGGUGAAAAAUGAUUACUUGAAACUAAAAUGCAAUGUUGAUCAAGAAUUAGCACUUCAGCUUUGUUGUAUAGAAAUAAGACGAUUUUUUAAAGAUCUAUCACAUAUAGCCCUUGAUAAGAAGUCAAAUUUUGAAUAUUUAGAACGAGAUGUUGGGCUGCAUAAAUUCUUACCUGCUGUUGUAAUUACAUCACAUAAACCAAAGACAUUAAGAAAAAUGAUGCAAUCUCAUAUGAAGAAAUUUGUAUCUCUCAGUGAGGUUGAUUGCAUGUUUCAGUUCCUCAGACUAGUCCACCCUGUGUUACUAUACGACAGAGAAAUAUUUAAAUGUGCUCUUGGUGGUGGAUGGAGUGUGCCCAUUGAACUGGUUAUAGGACCUGAUCUUGGAAUCAGUUAUUUAACAGAUAGGGCACCUCAGCCUACCCACAUGGCAAGCUUUCAUCAGGUGCAAUCAUUACAAACUGUUCAAUCUGAAUAUGAAUCUGGUUGCAAAGCCAUUUUGCAACUGAAGAUAGCUGGUGCAUCUGAGAUGCUGAGUAUAUCAUGCCCAACUUUAGCAGUUGCAGAAAGUAUGGCUGACCUUAUUGAUGGUUACUGCAGACUAGUCCAUAAAACCCAAACUUCCUUUUGGAACAAGAGAAAUGAACGAUGUCCAAGUUUAAGUUCACCAUUAAGUGAUUCAGUUGAUGACAAUUCUGACAACAAACAAGAUGUAGUUUUCAGAGGAGAUUCUAGUGAUUUAAUUGAUGAUGAAGGAGAUUAUUCUACUCCAGUUGCCCGUGAUUAUGAAUUGAAUAGAGCUGAUAUAGUACUAGAAGAUAUCAUAGGAGAAGGCCAAUUUGGAGAUGUUCAUAAGGGAACUUACAAAUGCAAAGAUUCACAAACUAUACCUGUGGCAAUCAAAACUUGCAAAGUAGAAAGUGAAGAGUCAAUAGGAGAAAAAUUUUUGGAAGAAGCCUAUAUCAUGCAACAGUUUGAUCAUCCACAUAUAACUAGACUUAUUGGCAUCUGUUCUGAAUCUCCCAUAUGGAUUGUAAUGGAACUGGCAAAACAUGGAGAGAUGCGAGCGUACCUUCAGAAUAAUCAAUCACGGUUGGAUUUAGCUACUUUGAUUUUGUAUGCUUAUCAACUGAGUACUGCUUUGUCCUAUCUUGAAUGUCGUAAAUUUGUUCACAG